AGUGUUAAAAGCUUGAGGCCCCGUUUACGGAAGUAGUAAGCGCGCAUACGCAGAAUCAAGGGGAGGGGGUCAGUUGUUGCUGUGGUUCAUUUCUCGUCUUUUCAUUGGGCAAUUGGUUGAAAUCGCCGGCGCGUGCAACGUAUUUCGGUUUGGUGCAAACCUGUUGAGCAUUUUUUGUUGCACUGACUGUUCUUCCCUCGGUUCAUCUCGUUGUUUUCCCACCUUAAAUGACUUGAAAGCCGCCUUGUUUCUAUUGUACAGCAACAGUUGCAGGUGAAGCGGAGCAAAACAGAAAUAAACGGCUUUGCUUUGUUUGCUUUCGGGUGUGCAAAAACACCCUCCACUAAGAAGUUGAUUUUGAUCGUCGAACGUUUCUCGCCGCUGUAAUCGUCCUGCGACGCACGCACGCCUCCUAAGUUUGUUUCCUUUUUUCCCAUGCGAGCGUGCCGAUAAAGGAUACGUAAGUAUAAUUGGUUUCUUUUUCUGUUUUGUUUUUCCCCUCUCUAGUAUUGGACAGUUUAGAUGGACCAUAGACAGUCGCACGCAGGCGCACCGGAGACGGUGUACGUCCCUGCGCCGCGCCCACCUGCUCUACAGCUGGUCGACUCACCAUCUCGCACAGACGGGCACUCGUCGCACGCAUUUGAUCGGCAAUCUCCCUCCGCCGCAGCGGGCUCCCCCCACGCGGUCAAGCCGAAUUACCUCUCCAAAACCUCCCUGCUGUACCUCCUCUGCGUUGGUAACAUCAUCAUCGCUGUUUUCUACCUCGCCGUGUACGAUCAAGCCUGCAUCAGCCGUGCGCACUACGACGAGCUCAAGGCCAACCUCCGACCCCCGUGGAUGCUGUACCGCUGGCUGGGCAGCAAAGGCGUGGAUGUGACGGACCUGCAGUGGUACGUCUUUGUGGUCGCCCUGCCCCCCGCCGCGCCGUACCUCGUUGUCUUUCUCUAUAUCUCGCGCCGACUACGGCGGUACAUCGCGUCGCAGCCGGCCACGGCGGCGGCCGUAGUGCGAGGUCAUGGCGGCUCGACCAGCAUCCACGACUGCGCUCCUGGCGGUAGCUCCGCUGCGGUGAAGGGUGGCUCAGACGCGCCACUGACACCUUUCGGCAGCAACAGCAGUGCUGAGCCGUCCCCGCCCGUGGUGGUGGUCGAAGAGAUCUCCCUCGCCUCGUCAACGCCGUCCACGCUGCUCGUUCGUCGAAACACGGCACCGCUCCACGUCUUUCACAUCGUCUCCGGCGCCUUCAUUGCCCUCUGUCUCAGUGGCCCUGGCUUUCUCUUCGGCGCAGCCCUUGUGUCCCUCAACUUCUUCUGUAUCGCCCCCCUCUACAAGAAGUUGUCCUUCCGCGCCUGCAUGGCCAUCAUGUGGGUCUCGCACAUCGCCAUCCUUUUCCUCAACUUCCACGCUGGUGGGUAUAAGUUCGCGUGGUUUGGCCUCAGCUUCCUAGAUAAUCUGUGGACGCCGUUGAUACGGUGGAACACGCAGUACAACAUGGCCAUCCUGCGCAUGAUCUCCUUCAACAACGACCUCUGGGAGUCGGCGCUGGUCGGCGAGGAUCGGCGGGAGAAAUCUCUGCAGAAGCACGAGCGCACAUGCAUCGCCUGCGCGCAGAUACGCGACCAAAACAAGCAUGCCGCCGCCACGCUACCGCAGGAGGCGGUGUCGUGCUACAAGUGCCGCACUGAGUGCCCACGCGCCGUGCCGGAGUACACCUUCAGCGCCUACCUGGGCUACAUGUACUACCUCCCCCUCUACAUGGCGGGGCCGCUGUCGUCCUUCAACGCGUAUGUGUCCUACAUGCACUACCCGCAGCGCAGCAUGGUGGGAUCUGCGACGUGGCGCUACGGUCUGCGGUGGCUCGGCCACGCUUUCAUGCUCUCCACCUUGAUGCACUACGUGUACAUUAUGGCCAUGCUGCUCACCCCGACAGCACCCGCAGGCGGGGCGGACCCAUUGACCACCACCACAGCAACGGUGACGAAAGCGAUAGAGGCGUUGAUGGAGGCGGUGACGGGUCUGCCCAGCACGACCACGACCACCCUCGCGCCGGGGCCGCCCGUCUUGGACUCCAUGACCUUCUCGCAAAAGUCGGUGCUGUUCUUCCUUGUCCUCGCCUUUUUGUGGGCGAAGUUCGACGUGAUUUGGCGCUUCUUUCGCUUCUUCGCGCUGUUGGACGGCUUCGACCCACCGGAGGACAUGCCGCGCUGUUUCGCGAACACCGUCAACAUUCAGAGCUUCUGGCGCGACUGGCACGCCUCCUUCAACCUGUGGCUCGUGCGCUACAUGUACAUCCCGAUGGGCGGCAGUCGCACGAAGUUCCUCUCAAUAUUUCCGAUUUUCUUCUUCAUUGCGAUUUGGCACGAUAUUGAGAUGCGACUGCUCUUCUGGGCCCUCUUCAUUUGCAUCGGCUUUGUCCCAGAGAUCGUCGUCACCACCUUCUUCGCGUCGAAGACGAACAAGCUGGUCCUGCGUAUCAAGCGGCAUCGGCUUCUGUGGCGGUCCCUGCGUAUAUGCGGCACGCAGCUGUGUUUAAUGGAGCUGACUCUUGCGAACUUGGUCGGCUUCGCCAUCGGCACGUCCGGCACAGGGGCCGGUCUGCGUCAGCUUUUCAAUGAGAUGACCACCGGCUACUUAAUUUACACUCCGUUACUCUUCUUCAGUGCGGCGACGUUGGCUACUCAAGAACGUGAUCAGAAGACCUACGAAACGGCUCAACUGAAGAUAAAAUACGGCUUGCAAUAA